AUGAAGGUCCAGUACCGCUCCGAGACCCUAGAGCUCGACGACAUCCCCGACGAGACCCUCUCCCAACUCGCCGCCCGCCUCGCCACACAAAUCGAAGCCGACGUCACGCGCGUCUCCCUCUUCAUCCUCCCCAAACCCGGCCUCCUCAAACAUCCUUUCCCCGACACCCCGCUCUCCACCAUCCUCACGCCCAAAUCCCGCAUAAAGCUCGUCGGCACUCCCGCCACCGAAGCGCAGAAAUUCGACGAGCAGGGCGCCGCUGCACGCACUGAAGCCCAACGACGGAGCGCCGCCCGCUCGAGCGCGAAGACAGUCAAAUACACACCCAACCACGACUGGCGGAAAGUGCAGGAGGAAGCAACAUAUACAUUCCACGCGAUCGAGCCACUGAAAUGGCUGCCGAAUCCGGCGAAGAGCAAGCGCUUUCUCGAGCGCUUAGCCAAUGAUCCUGGCAUCAAGGCGUCGAUGCGGAAACACAAAUUCUCAGUGGGCUUGCUCACGGAGAUGGACCCCGCCAGCCACACAACGCACGAGAGCCGAACGUUAGGGUUGAACCGUAAUGCUGGAGAGGUGAUUGAGCUGCGCCUGCGGACGGAUGCGUAUGAUGGGUACAGGGACUACAAGGUGAUACGGAAGACGCUGUGUCAUGAGCUGAGCCAUAAUGUGUGGGGCGAGCAUGAUGCGAAUUUCUGGAAGCUGACGAGGGAGAUUGAGAAAGAAGUCGAUCAGAAUGAUACGUUGCAUGGCGGUCACAAGCUGCAAGCGAACGCGGAAUUCUAUGUUCCUGACGACGACGGUGGGGACGCCGAAGAGCACUUUGAUGGUGGGGGCUGGACUGGAGGGGAUUUUGUGUUGGGCAGAGGAAGGGAGGCGCAGAGUGAGGAGGGUCUCAGUCGGAGGGAGAUCAUUGCUAGGGCAGCAAUGGCGAGAGCGAGGAAGGAGCAGGAGGCGAAAGAGGCGGAGGCGGAGGAGCAGAGGCAGCAGCGGUGA